AUGGUGCGUCAGCUGCACGACGGUAUGAUGGCGCGAGUCACGGACAGCGGAGCUGUCUCAGAGGCAUUCGCAGUGACCAAUGGAGUGAAGCAGCGCUGCGUACUGGCGCCUACCCUCUUCAGUCUUAUGUUCUCUGCCAUGAUGAUGGACGCCUACUGCGACGAACGCCCCGGGAUCCGCAUCGUCUACAGGACGGACGGUCACCUCCUGAAUCAACGGCGGAUGCUCUUCCAAUCGCGCGUAGCCACAACCACCGUUCACGAACUCCUCUUCGCCGACGACUGA